AUUAAUGUCGACCCUGAUCGUCGACAACGUGGACAAAGCGACGUCCAUCAUUGAUCACGUGGAUGCAAUGCCCUCUUUGCGGGUCGUAGUCGUCAUGGACCUCGAUGAUGAGGGUACGAGUGACAUCAGACAACGAUACACGUCACAAGGCAUCAAGCUAUGUACGUUCCAAGAGGUUUUGAGACACGGAGCACAAAAUCUUUCCGAUGUCAUCCUUCCUUCACCAAGUGAUAUCAACACAAUCUGCUUUACCAGUGGGACUACAGGUUUACCGAAAGGUGUUCCUCUCAGUCACAAGAAUCAUAUCGCUAACCAUGCAGCAAUAUUCUGUACUUUUCAGGACCAUGAAUUGGCGGAUCCUAAUGACAUUCAUCUGUCCCUUCUACCAUGUCCACAUGUCUAUGAAAGAGGUAACAUUUACAAUAUCAUGAUAAAGGGUGUGCAGAUCGGGUACUUUAGCGGUGACAUGUUAAAACUCGUAGAAGAUGCACAGGAGUUGAAACCUACAGUCUUUACUGCAGUACCAAGAUUAUAUAAUAGACUCUUCGAUCGGAUCAGGACAUCUGUUGAUAAUGGCAGCGCCAUCAAAAAAGCAGUUUUCAACUACGCUCUUAAUCAGAAAAUGAAAGAUUUAGAACAGGGUACGCUGAGCCGAGAUACAAUCUGGGACAAACUAGUUUUUAAAAAGGUUCAGGAUAUUCUAGGUGGACGGAUUCGGCAAUUGUACACAGGUGGUGCCCCGAUAUCUGGAGAGGUUAUCACCUUCCUCCGGUGUGCUUUUGGCUGCACGUUCGUGCAAGCCUACGGUCAGACAGAGACGACAAGCUGUAUUUCACAUACCCUCCCGUGUGAUAUGACAAACGGUCAUAUCGGGCCUCCCGGGGCUGGGAUGGAGGUCAAACUCGUCGAUGUACCAGAGUUGAACUACUAUGCGGCAGAUAACAAAGGAGAGAUCUGUGUGAAAGGAGAGAACGUCUUUGAUGGUUACCUUGACAACCCAGAGUUAACAGCUGAAGCUAUAGAUGAUGAUGGUUGGAUGCACUCCGGUGAUAUAGGAGAAUGGACAGAGACUGGGACACUCAAACUGAUAGACAGGAAGAAACACAUCUUCAAGAUGGCUCAGGGUGUUUACAUUGCUCCAGAAAAGAUUGAGAAUACAUUAGUUAGGAACCCACUGAUCCAACAGGUCUUCGUCUAUGGGGACAGCACUAAGGCUAAUCUUGUUGGUAUCGUGGUUCCUGAUCCCGAAUCAUUUCCUGCAUUCGCAGCUAAGGCUGGGGUGAAGGGCUCAUUCUCUGAAAUUUGUCAAAACGAGAAAGCGAAAGAUGCGCUCCUUGCAUGGCUCCAGGAGUACGGAAGGAGAAAAGGUCUCCUUGGCUUCGAGGAAAUGAAGGACAUUCGGCUCCAUGAUGAACCCUUUACAGAACAGAAUGGUUUACUAACACCAUCUCUCAAAAACAAGAGACCAGAUAUCGCCAAGGCGUUCGAAGACGAGAUCAGAGAUAUGUACACCACUCUUGAAUGAACUUUUUCGUGUGACCGAUUGGUGUGUUUGUGUUUUGUGCCAGAGUUGAAUGGAGUAUAGGAGAUAGCUAGAUGGAGAGAGAGAGAGAUAGAGAGAAGUGGAGGGGUGGAGAUCGAGGGGAGGGAGAGAGAGGGGGGGGGGAGAUAGGAGAGAGACAGAUUGAGAGAGGGAGAGAGAGAUGGAGACGGGCAUGUAGAGAAGGGGAGAGAGGAGGGGUAGACGGGGAGAGAGACAAGAACAUAGAGAGAGAGAAUUAAACAGGCGAGUCGUGAGUAGGCAGCUUUCAUGUGAACAAUUUAGAGAGAGGUGGGGAGAGAG